CUUGUCGCCUCCUUCAAUCCUCUCUACACCUGUCGAAGAAAACACUUAAAUAUUUGACAACCUGACACGUCUCGACCGCUGCACUCACGACAAUGCUCUUCAUCCGGCGCGUUCCAUAAACGUCAAUCCGCUCCCUAUCUGCCAUGGAAUCGCAACUUGACAUUGACUCGGCAGGCCGCGAUUUCGAUAAAUGGCUUGACUGGAAUGCCGCAACCACGACGGCUGGCAUGGCCCCCGCUGAUAAAACCACUGUCCAGCCCGACCAAGUCUUUCAGUUCCCUAUUUCUCCUUCCUCGACCACCAACGGCGACGCGCAUCACCCCUUCAAGGCCAACUUCCUGACCGCUCCUUCACAACACGACCUCCUGACGCCUCAACACAGUUCCUCUUCGCCAGAAUCACGUUCAAGCCUGGAUCUGCGAUUGAGUGGAGAUACUCUACGAGAACAAACUUCUCCCAAUGAACGUCCAAUGUUGAAGAGGAAGUUAUCCCCCUCGGAUGUGCCGACCCCGGAUCAGCGGACCGAAGCCAUUCCAGCUGCUAAGAAGCGCCCGCACAACGUGAUCGAGAAGAGAUAUCGCGCGAACCUCAACGAGAAAAUUGCGGAGCUGAGGGACAGUGUACCGAGCCUGCGCAUCACAAAGAAAAAGACGAAGGAAGUCCCAGAUGCAGACUCGGAUGAAGAAGAACUGGAUGGCCUCGUCCCCAGUAACAAACUCAACAAAGCGUCCAUCUUGACGAAAGCUGUCGAGUACAUCCGACAUCUCGAGUUUCGUACGAAGAGGCUUGAGGAGGAGAACAAAUCCCUGAAAGAACGGCUCGAUACACUGGACAAAGUUAUUGCCCAAGGUGGUCACGAUGCCCAGAGGGCUGCCGCUUUCACCAGCGACACCAUCAUAGAAUCGUCCGCUGCCGAGUCUCCUGGCGAGUCACUGUCAGAUACCAAGCCUAGCACCUCAGGUCCUCCAUCCGGUCUUAUUCCUAUGCCUGAAAGUUGGCGACGUCUACGACAAAAUCAAUCACAGGAGCACUAUGGCCAUAUCUACGACACCGACCGGUCCAAGUUCAGAGGGAAAUGGCCAACCCGAGUAUUGCUGGGCUCGCUGGCUGGGCUCAUGAUUAUGGACGGUCUCAGCGAAUCUGAUACAGGCACAGAGUCACGAGAAAAGGGUCUAUUUGGCAUUCCUCUGGAACUUCUCGAUGGCUGGAAGUUUCUUCGGUCUCCAAGGAUCUAUCUGGCAGCCUUCAGCCAAUUCUGUCAAACAGGCGGUGCCAUUCCGUUGAUCAAAGGAUUUGUGGCUUUGACAAUACUUGCCUUCCUUGUCUUCUCAUACCUGUUCAACUCCAAGCCUGCACCAAAGGAGGAUAUCGAAGAGGCUGCCCCGACUUCCCGGCAGGCGCCAGCUCCAGCCUCCCCCAUUCAGGUCAGACGUCGAGCUUGGAGCACAAGCAUGCAAGAGCUGCACCUCCCUCACCACAGCUUCUUUCCGGAAUGGCUUGCCCUUACUUCCGAGUGGCUCAGGUAUACUGUCGGCUACCUUUUCGGCACCCGUGCCUACGCUUGGCUCACUGGUCGAACCGCAGAAGAUGACGUGGCUCGGAUCAAAGCCUGGGAUAUUGCAAUCGACGCUCAAUUGGCAGGCGGAGACGUCGAAGUGAGCCGCAGCAGAGUUGUUUUAACUAUCUUCGGCUCAGGCACACUGCCUAAAACGCCCUUGCGCUUACUUCUGAAAGCGCUCCAUUGCCGGGUGCUCUUGUGGAACGUGGGCUCACUCGGAACGGCCACCCACCGGAUCGCUAACCGCGUCGGGAAGUUUUUCGCCAACUGGCAAUGGACAAGAGCGAAAGGGUUGCACGACAAAUUACCCCUGCGUCACACAGAUCGGCUUCCACCGUAUUUAUCGGAAAUGCUUGACCUGCCGUGCGACGAAGUCUUUCUCGACACAGUUUGUCAGAGGGCCUACAAUUUGAUGUAUGACCGACCCACUCAGGAAGAUUCUUCCAAUGCCUUGAUGGACGUGGUCGUCGAAGAUCAUGCUGUUCGUUCACCGCUCGACGCCAUCGCCGCAUGGCGGUCAACAUAUUCCUUGACACAAGCUCUGGAGUCGGCCUUGCACUACCCUGAGCCAACUGAGACAAUGCAGAAGCACCUCACCGAUGCGUUGAGGCUAGCUCCGCCCGGCUCGGCGGCUGAAACACGGGCUUUAGCAGCAAGCUCGGUCUUCAGUGCUACCGCUCGGAGUGCUUGUUUUGUCCGCGCCUCUGAGGCCAUGGACGCCCCUUCACCAAAUGCGCACCUUGAGCGACCCCCUUAUAUCAUUGACUCGUCCACACCUCUAUCGGCCAGAAGUGACAUUGCAAAUUGCUUACACUGUGCCAAAACUCUGCAAAUACUAGAUUUCGAGCAGGAUCAGGAGAGAGCUAUAGCUUACUUCCACUCCAGGGGUUCCUGGGAUGCAAGCGAUGAUUUGUUGGCAAAGGCUUCGUUGACCUACCUGCAACGACGGCUACCUCAAAUCCAAGCACCAGUGCCCAUUACUGGUGUAGACGAGGUCCGCCUCCUCCCAUACGGUCCUUAUUCUACGGCUGACGCGUCUGUGCAAAGCAAGCCGAGGCGGCACAGCAGUUACAGUAAUCAGUCGAACGACACUGGUUAUGAAAGCCAAGAUGACUCUAUAUCUUCAUGGGAUUUUGAGAGAUAUUCAAGCGAGCAAGUCUCGCCGGCGUUGAGGCAUGAAUUUGUGGUUUGAACAAGUGUCCACAUUGGGUCAAAGGGUUGUUCUCGGCUCUUCCUGGCCAUCUGAGGACUUGUUAUGCGGACAUGAACGAAUGCCCAGGAGCACGAAAUGAUCGGUCUUUCUCGAAAUAUGUGUCAGACAGAGCCUUACUUAGGUCGACUUGCGGUUGUGGCUAGUCCACAGCAGCCGCCUGGUAUUAAUGCAAAUGAAUGAAUCUUAUA